CUAUCGCCUCGUUGAAUAACAAUAGGGCUUAUUAAAUUAAUAAAUCUUUCCAUAGUUGUUAUCCAGCCAUUUUACACCCAUUGUUUCUGAAAAUCACUGAAACAGAUCAUGAAUUUGUAUUACUUGUAUUUGUAUUGACGAUUUUUUUUGACACAAAGUUAUUGUUGAUAUCAGUGAAGGUUGGAACUCUUGCGGAUUAAAUUUCGGUAAAUAACUAUAUUUGCAUACCGUAUAUUCUGCAGUACGACCUUUGGGAUAAUUAAACACCCAUUCACUUUACUCACUGUAUUAUGAAGCGUUAGUAAAGUAUUAUGGCGAGCAUUAGUUCGGGAAGACGGAGACAUUCGGCGCCUGUGGUGCCAUUAAGUACUGGAACAGCACGCAGAAGUUCGGGACCUCCCAGAUUACAACUAAAGAAAAAAGUGACUUUAGUUAACAAGUUCGAUACUGUUUUGUUCGGGAGGGAUGUUGAAGUGAAAAGAGGAUGCAUUUUACACGACGACAAACUAAUACUUUGUGGAGUAGACAAUUAUGUGUACAUUUGUAAUGCGGAUGGAAAACGGUCAAAUAGAAUUUCAGUUCAGUUUACUCCAUCAGACAUUGCUCUCUUCGAUGAGAAACGCGCCGUGGUAUCAGGUGAAAAGGGGUACCAGAUUAUUGACGUUGAAACACUGAAAGCGGGACCUCUUGUUAAACCCGGUGGAAUUUGUACAGCCGUUGCUUGUACUAAAGACAAUAUUGUUGUUGCAAACGACUACUGCAAACUCACUUACUUAACUAUAAAUGGGGAAACAGUUAAAAGUUUCAACACUACACACAGUCCAUUAACAAUGACGGGAAGUCAAGACGGGUUCAUAUACUGGACUACUUGGGACAAUGAUGAAGUACAUUAUAUAGAUCCCAAGGGAACAGAGAGAUUCUUUUUCGCAAGUCCCGAUUUACUAGAUCCCGUGGGAGUGUCAGUUGACAAAAAAGGUGAUGUGUUCGUUAUUGGACACAAAUCGAAUAACGUUCAUAAAAUUACACAGGAUGGAAAUACAGAUAAAAUUGUGUUGAAAGAAAGCAACGGACUAAAAAUGCCAUCUGGAAUGGCAAUUAGUCCAAAGAAAUCCGAACUGAUGAUAAUUAAUGAUAAAAAAUCCAUAAGUAUCUUUAGAAUACAGUAGUCUUUCGCUUUUCUGUACAGGUGUAUACUAUAUCAAACUCAUUCCAUAGCAGGAUAUCAUUAUUUUGUCAUCAGUAUAUAUAUACAUUCGACAUAUCAAGCAUCAUUCAGUUAUUUCGACCAGUAUCAUAAUAAAUAUAUACCUCCUGUAA